AUGAACGAAAAUCUAUUUAACUCAUUCACAACCCCAACAUUAAUAGGUCUACCUAUCGUAGCCCUUAUCAUCUUUUUACCUAAUAUAAUAUAUCCCUCCCCCUCCCGCCUCAUCAAUAACCGCUUAACAUCUCUGCAAAUAUGACUAGUUCAACUUAUCCUAAAACAACUAAUAACAGUACACAAUAUCAAAGGACGAUCAUGAUCCCUAAUACUAAUUUCACUAAUCCUAUUUAUUGGCUCAACAAAUCUACUAGGACUAUUACCCCACUCAUUUACACCUACCUCCCAAUUAUCACUAAACCUAGGUAUAGCAAUCCCCCUAUGAGCCGGAACAGUAAUCCUAGGCCUUCGCAACAAAAUAAAAAAAUCCCUGGCUCACCUUCUACCCCAAGGCACACCCACCCCCCUUAUCCCAAUACUUGUAAUUAUUGAAACCAUCAGUCUCUUCAUUCAACCCUUAGCCUUGGCCGUACGAUUAACAGCUAACAUUACAGCAGGCCACCUGCUCAUGCACCUUACUGGAAACGCCACAUCUACAUUAAUCACCCUAAGCCCCCCAACAACUCCAACUAUCUUUACCCUUCUUGUCCUACUCACCAUGCUUGAACUCACCGUAGCCCUAAUCCAAGCCUACGUAUUUACCCUCCUAGUAAGCCUCUACCUGCAUGACAACACCUAA